AUACUUGAGCGCGCACACGUAUUUCGCGGGCGCCCACGUCUUCUCUCACCUACAGUUACAGACUUACACACGUAGGCCAGGAAAGCGCUAACCGCUGUCCUGUGACUGCACGCAGGUUCCCAGGGCACGUCUUUUACAUUGUUACUGAAACGAUCAACGAACACAGACAAACCUGCCAACACUUAAAUCUACUCGCUGGAUUUCAUCUCCAUGGCAACAAGCAUGGAAGGCCAAGAGGUGACCUCAGGAGGAAUUCUGAAGAGACAAAAUGAUGUGACAGUGAAUAAUGAGUAGUACCUACUGUGGCAACUCUUCAGCUAAGAUGAGUGUCAACGAAUUAUCAGCUUUCUCAUUGACUCUAGAGCAAAAAGCUGGCUUUGCUUUUGUUGGGAUUUUGUGUAUCUUCUUGGGACUUCUUAUUAUCAGAUGCUUCAAAAUCCUGUUAGACCCAUAUAGUAGCAUGCCUUCCUCUACAUGGGAAGAUGAAGUUGAAGAGUUUGAUAAAGGGACAUUUGAAUAUGCACUUGCCUGAGUGCUCCAGCUUUUCAGUGUUUAGGGUUAUAUCACUGGAACACAUGGUGGACCCAAUUGUAAUUUCCUUCGGCGUGCUGGAAGAGGCUCAUUUCAUUCACUGAAUUCAAUAAAUGUGCGUGGCUAAUUUAUCCACCAUGCCCUGUAAAUGAUAAA